GCUUUGUCUGGCAUGACGAUUUAUGGUGGCGGUAAAAAUAAUGCACUCACCAAGUUGACGAACACCAAAUGGCUCGCUUGUGGUGAGGUUCCAGCACAUUGUGUUGCAGUGGAGAUGGUCUCUGGUGGAUUUCUGGUCGGCGACAAGAUUGAUUUCAGCGACAGCUACUGGCAAAAUCAGGCAACCUGGAUACGGGAGAACAAAGCGGUGAUGUGUGGCGGCGCGGCCGGGUAUAAAUAUAUCGGUUGCGAGCUCAUCACAGCAGACAGCCGUGUCCUGACAAAGCAGGCUUCCAUUCAAGUGCAGGCCUCUGACUCCACAAUCAAGACGUAUACCCAGAAUCCAAGCAUGGUUACGCUGGAGGAUGGAAAGAUCUUCAUGUGCUUCAUGGAGCGCUUUGCAGACAGUUCCAGCAACCUGGUAUGCACCUUCUUGACGGAGAAAGAUGGGACACUCAAGUCAGAAUCCAAAUUCGUCAUGGAAGACAAACUGCACUGGGCGGGCCAAAGCGCUGCGAUGGGCAUGCUGGCCAAAGGCAAGGUGCUCAUGUGCCUCCACACUGGCCCCAAAGAUAAGAGGAUGAUUGCCAAGGUCCUCACCAUUGACGGCACCUCUGUGUCAAGUGGCCCUGUGCUAGAACUACCAUACCAUUCAGGCUUGGGAGGCCUCUACAAAGUUGCCGUCAUGAACUCCUUGGAGGCUUUGUAUUGCGAUCCAGUCAAGCACCAGUGUAGCUUGAUUUCCGUAUCCGGAGACAAGCUCACGCUCUCUGACCCACUGCAAAUGGACAACUAUGGCUGGCCCUAUGCCAGCAUUGCGACCUUGUGGAGCGACCGGGUGAUGUAUUGUGCAGGCUCAAAGAAAGACAAUAGGCCGGCAAACCCUUGGUGUACCACUGUGACAUGCAAAGACAAGAAGUGCACCAAAGGCAAGGCAAGCCACCCCAACGAUGCUGACGACAAGAAUCCUCAAUGUUACCGUCCCGCCGUCAGGACCCUCGUGCCGGGCAAGGUCGUCGUGUGCACCGAGGACAACGACAACGAUAUUGCUCAAGGCAAGCCGUUCUGUGCAGUCUACGCACUUCCAUCCUCAUAG